AAGCUUUUGGACAAACUGAUUCUCUGAUCGGGACUUUUUUUUUUUCUUUCUUCCUCCUCUUUUAACGUAUAAUGCCGCCGCUGAGGACGCGCAGCUGAAUGUGAAUAUUGUGGCUCCAGCAGCAGCAGCAGCAGCAGCAGCAGCGUAGUUAGAGAGGAGGUGAACGCACCUUGCAUCCAGCCAUGGGAGGUCAGAUCACCAGGAAUACCUUCUGCGAUUCUCUGAACGGACCGUUUCCCGCAACCUCUCACCGAUGCCACCACAAGCCCAAGCGCUGCCUGCCCAUCCAGCCAUGUGGGAGUUUGUCCUCCUUCCCUCUGCUCUUUCACCCCAGCACCAAGGGCUCGCAGAUCAUCAUGGACAUGUCCCAGAGGACCGUCAAGAGACAGGCCAGCUUCUGCAAUGCCAUCACCUUCAGCAACAGGCCCAUCGCUGUGUAUGAGCAAGUUCGACUGAAGAUCACCAAAAAGCAGUGCUGCUGGAGCGGUGCUCUGCGUCUUGGUUUUACAUCCAAAGACCCAUCAAGGAUCAAUCCAGACACCUUGCCCAAGUACGCCUGCCCCGACCUGGUUUCCCAGAGCGGCUUCUGGGCUAAAGCCCUACCAGAGGAGCUCUCCAACGAGGGAAACGUCAUCUCGUUUUGGGUGGAUAAGAGAGGCCGGGUGUUCUACCGAAUCAACGACUCCAGCCCUGUGUUGUUCUUCAGCGGGGUACAUGUCGCCGAACCACUGUGGGCUCUCAUAGACGUCUACGGCCUUACCAGGGGCGUCCAGCUGCUAGACAGUGAGAUGGUCCCACUGGACUGCCUGCGUCCUCGUUCUUUUGCUGCCGCCCACCGGGCCUCCAUUCAGCGGAACAGCGAUGACCCUCGCCUCUCCAUCAGCCUGUGCGACUUGAGCCUGCAGCAGCAAGAGAUGCAUCUGGAGGAAGAUGAUGAGGAAGAGGAGCAGCUACAGCCAUUAAGCUCCUCUUCCUGCCAUGUGCCCCAAAACUCUCAGAACUCACAGCAAUGCUCGCUGCUGCCCAGCCACUUGGACACUGAUCUGCACUUUCACUCGGUGCAUGGCAUCCAUGUCACCGUGCUGGAUAAGCACACGAUGGCGCGGCUGGAUCACCGCGGUGACGAGAGGACGCUGGUGUUCACCAGCCGGCCCAUGCGCUGCUCAGAGACCGUGUUUGUCAAGGUGAAGGCAGGUGUCACGAGGCCCGGCUGCCUUUCAUACGGUGUGACAUCCUGCGACCCGGCUACCCUGAGGCCCAGCGAUCUCCCCUCCAACCCAGAGUCCCUGGUUGAUCGCAAGGAAUUCUGGGCUGUGUGCCGAGUGGCGGUGCCGCUCCACAGUGGGGAUAUCUUGGGCUUUGUGGUGAACGCAGAGGGGGAGGUUAUGAUGAGCCAUAAUGGCGUCAGUGCAGGGAUGCAGCUGUGUGUCGACAACUCCAGGCCUCUCUGGAUGUUCUACGGGCUGCACGGCGCCAUCACACAACUCAGGAUUUUAGGCUCUUCUCUGCAUCCAGACCUUCGAGGCCCAUCGGUGCCCAGCUCUCCAUCGUGUACACCCAACACUCCUAUAAUGCUUUGCAGCGGCAACUCCGAGUCCAACCUCAACACUCCGAUGAACAUUAACCUCAACUCAAGCCUUAACUCCAAUUACCACUCGCUAUUUUCUUCCUCCACAGGUACAACCCCGAGCUCUCCAUUCUCUAGCCAUCCGGAGUCCCCCACCUUCCCAUCCUGCUCGUGGAGUGACGAAUGCACCAUUUGCUACGAGAAUGUGGUGGACACGGUCCUCUACGCCUGUGGACACAUGUGUCUCUGCUACGCCUGCGGCCUCAAACUGAAGAAGAUGGCCAACGCGUGCUGCCCCAUCUGCAGGAGGACAAUCAAAGACAUCAUCAAGACCUACCGGAGCACGUAGGCUUGUGUAAGACAAUGUCAGGGUCAGCUCAAGACAUUGUCAAAGCCAUGUUAAGACUUUGUAAAGACACAGCACAAGUGAAAGCCCUGCUUGUUUGUGUGUGUAAUCUGGCUCAGGUACUCUACGACAGGACUUCGAUCAUUGAAACAUUUUAAUAAUUAUGUUACGUCUAAAGCACACACCUUUGGAAAGCUCACAGCGGCUCCAACGAGAUUCAUCAAAGACCAUCGAAAAAGAGUGUGAUCAUCAAAAACUAAACAUGUGCUCCUGCAAUACCAGCACAACAUCACACCUUGACCCAAUUCUGCUGAAGAGAAAGAGUAAUCUGAAGAGGCAUCUGUCCUACUUCCUGUGGAGUAAACCUUCAUUCUUAAGUAAAAUUGUCCAGAGCUGCGGAAAAAAAACACGGGGAAUAAAUCUGUGGUUUCACCAGCUGCUCCUCUGCUGCUUGUCAGGGACCACUGGGUCAAAGUGUUAUUUUAGAAUAACAAUCAAUUCGUUUCUAAAUCUGAGAGAGAAUCAGGAAGAGAUGGUUUUAUUUGAGAUUUCUAGAAGGCUCCCAGAUACGAGAAAGAAUUGAGUAGAAAGACAAAGAAAGAGUUUUUGUAGUGAAAAUGCUCCUCCAGCAAUAAUACACAGUGAAAUGCCUAAACCUAAAGGGUAAAGAAAUCCAUAAAGAAACUCGGUUGUGUAAUAAAUGAAGUGCUUUGCAGAAUAUCUCACCACCUGCUGCGCUUCUGUGAACUUCAGGCAGGGCGAGACUGUGCAAAGGGUAAAAAAGUGUGAACGUUGUCACCAUAGAAGGUCACGCUUGCUGUGAAUGAGGAUGUAAAUCAGUGACGAGGGAGCGAGGGAGGAAGGAGAGGAGAGAGGAUGUUGUAUGUUUGGGAUAGACAGAGGAAGAAGGGGCAUCUUUGCUGUGUCUGUUUCGGUGUGAAGAAAGUGGAAGCUCGCUCAGACAUACCACAUACAUCUGAAGUUUGCAUGAAAGCCUGUAAAAUCUGGGACUUGCAUGGGCAGCGUGUCUUGCUUCUUGGCAGCUGUCCCCACCAUCUCUGGCUGCUCCGUGCGCCUGCUGGAUGCUGUAAUUGCACAAAAGUCAUCCAAAUAAACAUUGGUGGGCAGUAAAGCAUUUUCAAGAUGCUAAAAGAGCACAUUAGACGAGGAAUCAACCUCUUCAUCACAGCAAGAAAGCCAUGAAAUCCCAUGUAAGUCACAGAUGGCUCUGCUUACUUCAGGUUACGCACUUCUCUUUUGUAUGUAUAUUAAAUUAAAACAUGAAUAUUUGCUUUAAGUGAUGAUGCAUUGAUGUACAUUGUGUCUUCAAGUGCACAAAAAUUCACACAUGUGCAGACAAUGACAAGGAUGUAGCUUGUUAUUGUGGUGCAUUGUGAGAAUUUGCAUAUCAGUUUCUGAGUGCUGCUCUUCACCGGUAAAAGCAAACUCCAAGGACGUUUUCACUCGACUAAUGUCGUGCAUUAUGUACUGCUUUGAAUUGUUAAGAAUUUUUCAGGUGUUAUUCUGGCCUCGCCGAAACAUUACUUAGUGAUUUUAAAGUAGUAAGUAAGUCUGAUUUGUUUUCAAGGUGUUGAAGUUUGUCAUCUCGUCACUCUUGGGGGAAGAUUUGCAGUUAUGUUCUGUAACAUUUGAAUGACGGUUACGUUUUCUUGUGUGCCUUUAAAAAAAGAGAAGUCUGGACAAACUUUGGUGUGUUAGGCUCCUCACUGUGAAAACCAGGAGGAAUACCGAGGUUCAUCUUCAUCUUAAAGUCACUCUUUCGUGGUCGUGAUGCCUCUGACGUGAGCAGGUGUAACUAACGCAAACUACAAAGCUGACGUGUUUGACGCGAAAGCAAAUACUUCAGUGUGCUUAAUAUCAGUGUGAGCAUUUAUUCACUGCUAAAGAUGAACUGUUUAAAUAUCGCCUUGUUCCCUCUGUCUCUGCGUUGCAUAAUACUGGAAUUUUGUUGUGAGUGUUGAGAGAUGCUCAGCUUUUACAUUUCUACCUGGUUUCCUUUUUUUUUCUUCCUGACCAAAUAUGACCUAGCAGAAAUAAGACAUUGUGGAACAUUUUUAUUAGUAAAAAAAAAUUGGUAUUGAGGAGUGUUAUAUUAACUGUACAUUAUGAGGUUUAUUUAUUUUUCAAUGCUACUAUAAAGAAUUAUCACUGUUAGUUUCAUAUGUGUGGCUAUAGUGUCCAUAAUGUAAGAAUAUUGUUUAUUUUAUGGUUGCAUAGUCAAAGACUAUAGAAAACCUUAUUCCCCUGAAAGGCUCUGUGGUUGUGUCAGCUGACUUUCUCUUGAAAAAGUAGUUUGACAUUUUGGGAACUGCUUAUCCACUUUGUGGUGGAGAGUUAGAUGAGAAGAUCAAUACCACUCUCCAGUGGCUGCAUGCAGCUAAGUACAUUAACUCAAGUACUGUACUUAACUACAACUUCACUUGAGUAUUAACAAAUUAUACUUGUACUCCGCCGCAUUUCAGAAGGACAUGUUCUACUUUUAGCUGCUCUAGACAGUGAUCUCAUAGCUGUAGUGGCCAGCCACGUUGCAUAUUAAGAUUUUGCACACCAAACACAGCACGUUAUUAUAAAAUAUGACACGUUGGUACGAGAAUAAAAAUAAAGUACCAAACAGACGAAAGGAUAAAAUGAGUUCACUCUCGACGAUGCUGCAGCUAGGAAAUAGUUUAAUACUUACUGCAAUAAUAGGACUUUUUUUUUCUAACAUUGUGAUUAUAGUCUUUAACUUCAUCUUCUCUGAAUGGAUGCUUUUACUUGUAAAGAAGUAUUCUGACACGGAGACAUUACAUCGCACUUUUACGUAAGGCUUUAACUUAACAAAUGAAAUGACAUAAACAUAAAAACACGGCGUUACCUGCAUCUGCGGCGUCACUGCUUUAACGCAGCAGAAAGUGGAAUAUUUCCCUCAGAAGUUCACAGAGACCAAAACUAGUUUGGACACUAAAUGUACUGGACUAAACAUUUAUCAGGUGAACACGACUCCACAUAAAUAACAUUUUUACUGCAUAAAUGCUGGUCGUAUAGAUACGCAACUAGGCCCAGCUGCGUUUAUAAAUGAUGCAAUUCCAAAAAUAACGCUACAGGUAACACCUGGCUAACUGAACUUAGCACAGAGACUGGACACAGGUGGAAACUGCUACCUGCACUGAUUGACGUAAUCAAUACGCAGAACGCAGCACGACCCCUGACUUCACGUCGCUGGUUGCCAGGCAACCGGCCUGUCAAAAAAUAACAAUAACAAAAUAGCGCAUCAGAAUCCGACCCUUAAUCCAGUAAAGAUUAUGAAGUGUCAUUUUCACACAUAUUUUACCCACAAGUGAAUUACUAAGCUUUUGUCCUGUUUGUACUUAUAUUUUGUUAUCUUUGUACAUGCUAGCAAUAUGGCCUACUUCCCGUCUGUGUGCUAAAUCAAGCUAACUAGCUGCUAGCUGUAGCACUUUAUAUAAGAGAAUGGUAUCCAUGUUUUCAUCAUAUUUUCUUUUCCCAAAAUGCCAAAUGUUUGCUCUCAUACCAUAUACUAAAAUGUUUUUUUUUGUUUUUUUUUUUAAGGAGAAUUAAAUGUGUAAAGUUGGCAUUCUUUACCUUUACCUUUCUGGUAAAAUUAUGUUUGUCCUACUUGAGUAUAUUUAAAUUGUGUUGUAGUGAGUAGUUCCAUUACUUCUGACAGCCUGUUUUAUUUUCAGACGUGACCAAAUAGUUUCAGUCCAAACGAAACAAAACCAGCAAAUAAGCGAAGGUGGGCACUGUGUAUUUUGGACAAGAGAAUAAGAGAAUUGGCUCAAGGCUUUGGUUUGCUGGGUUGGGAUUUGUAUUAGUUGUUUAAAAAAAACAUUCUUAGUGGUUUCUGAAUUUGCUAAUUAUGUUCUGUUUGUUAAAUAAAAUUUAAGUCGGAAUCAG